CCCCAUAAUGCAGCAUGGGCGAAAAUACCAGACCCAGGAGCCUCAGCUGAGGAAGCAGACACCUCAACUGUCACGUAUUUUGGCCGAUUGGACAAAAGUGAUGUUUCAACAAUGCCGAUAGUGGAUAAACUCAAAGAGGCACUGAAACCUGGUCGAAAGGAGACAAGCGAUGAGGGAGACCUCAACAAGCUGCUGGCCUCCUCUGCCAAGAAGGUCCUUCUGCAGAAAAUCGAGUUUGAACCUGCCAGCAAGGGCUUUUCCUACCAGCUGGACAGCCUGAAGAACAAGUAUGUGAUCCUCAAUCCUCGGAGCGAGGGUGCCACUGGGCAAAAGGCGAUCGAACCCACUCAAAUAAAGAGGCAAGUCUCGGAGAAUGUGGUUGGGGGGCAGAGCGAUGGCAUCCCGGCCCCGCAGAAGAUGCUCUUUCCAGGGAACAAGCUCACCCUCAAGUGGGAGCGCGUGUACAGGGUGGGAGCCGGUCUCCACAACCUCGGGAACACCUGCUUCCUCAACUCCACGGUCCAGUGUCUCACCUACACCCCGCCCCUCGCCAACUACUUACUCUCAAAGGAGCACAGCCGUGUCUGUCACCAGUCGGGCUUCUGUAUGAUCUGUGUGAUGCAGAACCACAUCAUCCAAGCCUUCGCCAACACAGGCAACGCCAUCAAGCCAGUCUCCUUUAUCAGAGACCUCAAAAAAAUUGCCAGACAUUUUCGCUUCGGCAGCCAAGAGGACGCCCAUGAAUUUCUGCGCUACACCAUUGACGCCAUGCAGAAGGCGUGUCUGAACGGAUAUCCCAAGCUGGACAGGCAGACCCAGGCCACCACCCUGGUUCACCAGAUCUUCGGAGGUUACCUCAGGUCAAGAGUGAAAUGUUCCAUUUGUAAAAGUGUGUCUGACACGUACGACCCUUACCUGGACAUCGCUGUUGAGAUACGGCAAGCGGCCAACAUUGUGCGAGCUCUGGAGCUGUUUGUGAAGCCAGAUGUGUUGAGCGGAGAAAACGCCUACAUGUGUGCCAAGUGCAAAAAGAAAGUGCCAGCCACAAAGCGCUUCACAGUCCAUCGAACGUCUAACGUCCUGACCCUUUCGCUGAAGAGGUUCGCCAACUUCAGCGGAGGAAAAAUAACAAAGGAUGUCGGGUACCCGGAAUUCCUUAACAUCCGCCCCUACAUGUCUCAGAGCUCAGGUGACCCUGUCAUGUACGGCCUCUAUGCUGUUCUGGUGCACUCUGGCUACAGUUGCCACGCUGGACACUACUACUGCUACGUCAAGGCAAGCAACGGGCAGUGGUACCAAAUGAAUGAUUCAAUGGUGCACUCGAGUAACAUCAAAGUGGUGUUGAACCAGCAGGCCUAUGUGCUUUUCUACCUGAGGAUCCCCGAAACCAAAAAGAAUGGAGACGGACAGACGGUCAAGCAGGGAAUGUUGCACUCGGGCAAGAACAGCGCGUCGUCUGAGCAGAUCAAGAGGGCCAACCUCAACGGGCCGCUGUCCUCCCCGCAGGUCACCAAGAAACUGGAGCCGGCACAGCUGCGUAAGAUCCAGUCUAUGGACGGCGGUCUGGGUCUGCCCGUCUCCAGGAACGGCGUGAGCGCCCAGCAGCAGCCGCCGCAGCCCCGGAUUUCCAGCUGGACGUCGUCCUCCAACGGCCCGCCCAAGCUGCCGGGCGGCCCCGCCGUCAUCGAGGAGCCCUUCAAGAAGCUGAAGAAGCCGUCCCCGCAGCAGGGCCCGGCGGCGCCGCGCAGCAGCACGCCCACCCCCUCCAACAACGGGGUCAGCAGGACGGAGGGCGACAAGAAGCCCGGAGGGGAGGGCCGGGGCAUGGCAGCGUCUACCUCAAUCAAGUCUCUGUCCGACUCCUCCUCCGCCGACACCACCGAAUCCAAGGACUCCGUCGGUCCCAAAAGCGCGCCGGUGGGCGAGACCCCCUCCACCCCGCGGAAGGGCCCCUCCAACGGCGUGGCGUCUCCGGCCAGGAGCGUGGAGCGCUCGCAGAGCACGGAGGAGAAGACGACGGCCAAAGCCAAGCCGCCGGCCCUCAACAACAUCGCGUCCGAAGCCACCAGCACCAUGUCGCCUCCGCCCGCCAAGAAGCUGGCCCUGUCGGCCAAGAAGGCGCACAAUCGGAGUCGGAGCAGCAUUGAUGUUCUGCCCCGUUUGCCCCGCCAGCUGUCUAAUGACCACAUGCAUCAAAAUCAACUUAACUCCCUCACCUUUGCCCCAGCUACUCACUCUCACAGAGCCGGUCCAUUCCAUUCACCUCAACUCCAGUCAUCGACAAGCAGCUUCUCUAGUGAAGCAUUCAAACUGCAGAGUCCUCAGAAACAGCCCCUUCUCUCCACGCCGCAGAAACCAAACCCCAGCCUUUCUCCCAGAGCCAACGGACACGGCUGCCCCGGCCGCGCCGCCCCCCGCGGUCUGAACUCUGUCGACGGCGAAAACCCCCCCUCCGCCGAGACGCCCAGCAAGAAGAAGAAGAAGAAAAAGAAGCGGCGGCAUUCGGAGGUGGAGGGCGAGGCGAAGCCGGCGGUCCUCCCGGCUCCCGUCGCGCCGCCCGCCGUCCCGGAGCCGGCCGCCGAGAAGAAACGCAAGAAGAGGAAGAAAAAGCGCAAGAGGGAGAACGAGGACGGCGAGAAGCAGGCGGAGAGAGCGAGCGUCCCGUCGCAUCUGGACGCGUCGAGCCAGGAGGAGGACUGGUGUCCGGGCGGCAUGUGGAGCCUGACGCCUCAUUCGGAUGCAGGACGGCCGUCCGCCUCAACUCCGGCGCAGCGGGAGUCAAAUGAGAGAGAACAUGAAAGGGACUCUGUGCUGACGGAGAAGAAGAAGAAGAAAAAGAAGAAGGGGAUUCAGCUUGACCCGAGUUCUGCCUGCUCUGCGUCAGAAAGCGCUUCUGCAGUGCAGGCCACAGACGUUCAGAGCGAUGCGGGAGAGUCAACCGUGUUAAAAAAGAAACUGAAGAAGAAGAGGCUAAAAGAGGAGAGCGGGCUCUGUCUGGACGCUGAGCCCGAGACGGCAGAGCCUCCUCCCAAAAAGAUCCCAGCGGAGAGCGACGGAGUGAGCAAACAGAGCCCAGCCACGGUGGUAGUGUGGGACAGCCAGGUGAAGGACGGCUACAAGCGCAGCCAGGCGCCGGCGGCUGGUGGAGGUGCGUCCGGAGACGCUCCGCCCCGUCCUGCUCCGGCGUCCUGGGAUGGCAAAAAGACCAGCAGUGUGGUGGAGGAGCUGCUCAAGAACUCCACAGACAAAGCUUAUGGAGCCAGCAUCCUCAGUUGGGAUGGUGAGGCCUCUGCGAUCAGCAAAGACGCCAUCGAGCACGUCCGCGUCGCCCAGAGCGACACCGUGAUCGACGAGUGGGAUGAGGAAUUCGACAGGGGAAAGGUGAAGAAAAUAAAGAACUAUAAGAGAGAGAAGUGGAGAAGCGGCGGCAGCAUCUUCCAGAAGAUCCAGGACAGGAGGAACAAGUGGUCGGUGACCCCCGGAGGGAAGAGAGUGUUUGGAGCGCGCCGCUGAGAGCCCGGAAUGAGGACAACAGUACUGUAUACCAAAACUGCUACAUUUAACCCCCCCCUUCUUUUAUUACCUGCUUCAAUUCAGGAAGAAUAUUAAUGCCAAAACCAGCACAGCCGAGUGCACCUUUAAAUGAAGACUAAUCAGCAUGAAAAUUCCGCCUAAUUGCCCAACAAGCAUUCGACCUUUCAGAAUAACCUCAUUUAACACGAAAUGCCGUUUUAAGUGCAUGAAAUGUUUGGGCAUUAUUUUUGUUAAUGGAAAACCCCUGAAACACUCGCGUGGAAAACCUGCUUAAUGCGUUCACGUCCGCUCCGAGCUUCGCUAAUUGCCCCGGCGGUCUUUGCUACUCCAUGAAAUGAAUUGUACCGUAUCUGUAAGCUGUCCUGCAAACUGCUGCCCCGGCAGCCACAAGGGCUUGUUUUUAGACAUUUAAAGAAAAGUUAUAAUAAUAAUUAUAAUAAUCAACCUGUUUCUUUCAUUUAACCCUUAUUUUAAAACAAUUCAAUACCAAAAAAAUAUGUAACUCCAAAACAAGUUUGUGUUAUUUUACAUUUAUUUUAAUUCUAAAUUGUGAUUUUUUUUUUUUUUGCAGUGUUUGUGCCACAUAUUUUUAAGGACCAAAUUUUGCCUGCGUAACGUUGGUGAAAUUGAGGUUCAUCGAUUCAAAUAAUCAUCACUUCUUUUAUUUUGUAUUUGUCCAGCUAUCUGAUUGUUUUUUGUUUUUUUUGAACAUGUAAAACAACAAAAGUCUUGGGUGUUCUGUUAAGACAAGACAAAACAAAACAGAUGAUUUUUAAGAUCACAUCUCAUGCUGUUUGGUUUCACUGUGUUCCUCUGUUUACACACUUCUCGCCGUUUGUAGAAUACAUGUUUUGGGGGUUGUUUUUUUUUUCAGUUUAAUUCCUGAAAGGACUGGGGCAGGAGCAGUUAUUUUUCUGCCUUGCAGUUCUUGGCUGAUGUAACUUUUCUCAUUGUUCAUUCAGUAACGCUCGCGCUGCAGAUCAGACCUUAACGCCCAACGUAAACUGUUCUCCACUGACGUUUUGAACCAAGUGUUGCAUUCUCUUACUUCAGGCACUGUGUUGGAGCGGGACUGCCACAUGUUGACAGUUUCUUUUCUCCCCCUCCCCCCCUGCAUCUUAUAACUCUAUGCAAUUAUCUGACGCUCACUCUGGUCACCAAGAAACUGGGCUGAGACUCAGGAACCCAGACAUCCUGUGUACCCCAUCUUCAUUUCUCAUCAGACCCCCCCGCCUCCUCCUCCUCCUCCGUUCAUAUCGGAGUGGUACCUCCCUCUGGACCACCAUGUCGCAUCCUGUACAUCUUGUAGAAACUGUUUUAUACAAAGUAUUUCAGGUGUGGAAACUGGGAUCAUCUUGCACCAACAGACGCGUAGAGAAACUUGACAUUAUAACAAAAAAAAAAAAAAAAACGCUUCGCCGGUGUAGACGACUGUACAGUCCAUCUUGUGCUACCUGUGUUUCCCUCCGACGCUGUAAAGAUCUGCCCACUGCAUUUCUUUUCAUUCUAGAGAUGUUGCCUUGAAUUGGCUAUAAAAAG